AUGAAGAGUACGGUUGUCAGUCACCGAGAGCCGAAAUCCACCUUUUACGGCACUCUGCUUUUCUUUUUGACGCUGCUUGCUGAGGUUACGUAUUCGGCUGAUCUCGCAAUUGAGAUACCAGGAAACUUGAGCCAAGGAGGCUCUUGGUAUCGUUUAGAUUACAGCCCUGCUGUUGGUUAUCCACCACCAAACACCACCAUAGCCGCCACCGACAUAGGGGACGUUAUCAAGUUCAAGGAUGGUCUUCCUGGGACAAGAUACGAAUUCUGGUUGUAUUACAGCAAUAGUACUCUUCACGAUUGGCGAACAUGGACGGCCUCCAUAACCACAGCACCGGAUCCCCCAUCGAACUUGACUGUUUCGGUGCGAAAUGGCAAGACCGCGGUGGUUUAUUGGGCACCGCCAGCCCAGGGGAAUUAUUCCGGCUUCCGGUUGAGGGUGCAAAGUUUCAGCGACACCGGAAAUCCAAAAACAAGCGUGAUCCCUGCGGACGCAGUUCCUUAUGUGCUCCGCGAUCUCAUCCCUGGGGCGACGUAUUCCCUUCAACUUUUCACCGUAUUAGACACCAAAGAAAGCGUGGCGUACACCAGUAGAAAUUUCACUACGAAACCCAACACGCCUGGGAAGUUUAUCGUAUGGUUUAGGAACGAGACGACCUUAUUGGUCCUCUGGCAGCCGCCAUACCCUGCUGGGAUUUAUACCCAUUAUAAAGUUAGUAUAGAUCCUGCUGAUGCCAUAGAAUCUGUUCUUUACGUAGAAAAGGAAGGGGAACCACCUGGGCCAGCGCAGGCCGCCUUUAAAGGACUCGUUCCUGGCAGAGCUUACAAUAUUUCCGUGCAAACGGUGUCGGAGGACGAGACUUCAGCUCCCACGACUGCCCAAUAUCGAACGGUGCCAUUGCGUCCAUUAAACGUCACCUUUGACAAGUCUUCGAUAACAUCCAGUUCCUUCCGCGUAUUUUGGAAUCCCCCCGAAGGAAUGUCCGAAUUCGACAAGUAUCAGAUAUCGUUAGGGGGUAAUCGGAGGCUCGCGCCAGUCACCAGAAAUCGUGAUGACGAGAGUAAAUGGGAAUUCAAGGACCUGGAACCGGGGAAAACUUACCAAGUUGUUGUGAAGACGGUCUCGGGCAAGGUUACCAGCUGGCCGGCUAGUGGAGAUGUUACUUUAAAACCAUUACCAGUUCGUGAUCUACGUGCCGUCAUCGAUGAGAAAACCGGAAUGGUCGAAGUUUCUUGGCUCCCCGAAAAUUCCAGUACUCAGGAUACCUACAAGCUACAGUAUCACGAGGUGGAAACAGCGAUUGGUGGUGAUAGCAACACAUUAACAACCGAUCAAACAAAAGUCACUCUUGAAGCUUUAUUACCCGGCCGAAAUUACUCGAUAAUUGUCCAAGCAAUUAGUAAUAAAGUCGAGUCGAACGAAACCGUUUUGUAUCAAGUCACACGGCCUUCGAGUCCGAUCAUCGAGGACCUAAAACCGAUCGAGAUGGGGCUGAACAUUUCGUGGAAAAGCGACGUGAAUUCGAGACAAGAGAAAUUCGAGGUGACACACAACAGGAACGAUACUGGAGAAAGCGCUACAACGUUAACCACAGAAUCGCACAUUGUUCUGGAAGAUCUUUAUCCUGGCGCGGCGUAUGAAGUUAAAGUUUUCGCCAUUAGCCAUUCUCUGAGAAGUGAACCGCAUGACUACUUCCAAGCAGUUUUGCCUCAUCCGCCAAAAAAUUUAAGCUUUGAAAGGGUGACUAGCAACACCGUCGUUGUUCAAUGGGAAGCGCCGACGGACUCCUUGUACACUGAAUUCUCGAUUAGAUAUCGAACAGAAGAAGAUCCGAGGUGGGUCAAGUUGCCCAGUGUGCGAGAAACGGAAGCAGAAGUGGCAGACAUGACACCAGGAGAGAAAUACACGAUUCAAGUCAACACCGUCAGUUAUGGAGUCGAAAGUCUCUAUCCCCUCCAAGUGAACCAUACAGUUCGUCCUAAUCCUGUACUCAACAUUACUCCGAUCAUCGACUCGACGAACGUGACUCUGGAAUGGCCGAGACCGGAAGGCAGAAUCGAGACCUACGCGAUAAGAUGGUGGCCGUACGGAACUCCUGAGGAGGUGCGUUCGAAAAACGUAACGGAGAGCAACGAUGUCACCAGCAUCCUCUUCGAAGAGAAUGCUGUGCAAAAGGUUCUCGUGAGUGAUCUGAUGCCAGGAGUUCAGUACUCCUUUACAAUCUACACAGUGUCCUACGGCCUAGUCAGUGACGUCACCAACUUGACCACCAGGACAAUGCCGCUAAUCCAAUCGGAAGUCGUUGUGGUGGUCGAUCGAGAUCAGCCGGACUCCCUGACAUUGAGGUAUACACCGACACCUAUCCAGUCCUCGAGUUUCGAUCUGUAUCGGUUCCGGAUUAGCGACGAGAACAACACGACGAAAGAGCGACGGGUCGACGACACCGACACUAAGGUGACCUUCGCCGGCCUAACACCUGGUAAACUCUACAACGUGACGGUUUGGACUGUCAGCGAUAACGUGGAGAGCAGACCGUUGCUUAGGCAGGACCGACUUUAUCCUGAACCCAUCACAGCCAUCCAAGCGAUAGAUAUCAACGACACGCGAAUCACAUUGACAUGGGACAUUCCACGUGGACAAUACGAUGCGUUCGAGGUCCAAUAUAUAAACACCGACGGGAGCUUCAUUCAGAACAUCACGACGGUGAACCUGAUCACCAUCUCCGAUUUGAAACCUCACAGAAACUACACUUUCACAUUGGUAGUCCGUUCGGGGACGGCGUCCUCCUAUUUCAGAGUGUCGAAUCCCCUAAGCGCCAGUUUCACUACCAGCGAGUCCUAUCCUGGCAAGGUGGAGAAGUUUCAUCCGACGGACAUCCAGCCAAGCGAUAUCAGUUUCGAGUGGUCCCUUCCUAGUCAAGAACAAAAUGGCAUCAUCAGAAAGUACACCAUCACCUACGGACUGGAAGGCUCGGCGCACACACAGAUGCAAGACUUCAGGCCAAACGAGUACCGCGGCAUCAUCCGGUCUCUGAUACCAGGAAAAACAUACGUCUUUCGGAUUCAAGCACAGACGAAGAUUGGCUUCGGUCCUGAAGCGGUGUGGAAGCAGAAAAUGCCGAUCUUGGCGCCACCCAAGCCACCCACCCAGGUUGUGCCAACAGAGGUCUGCAGAAGCAGCACUACCAUUCAAAUACGAUUCAGGAAGAACUACUUCAGCGAGCAGAACGGUGCCGUGACAUCUUACACGAUCAUCGUGGCGGAAGACGAUAGCAAGAACGCGUCUGGUUUGGAAAUGCCCAGCUGGAGGGACGUCCAGGCCUAUAGUAUCUGGCCUCCGUAUCAGGUGAUGGAACCUUACUAUCCUUUCAAGAAUGGCUCCGUGGAGGAUUUCACGAUCGGUGGCGAGAAUUGUGACAACAAAAUUGGAUACUGCAAUGGACCACUGAAAUCUGGUUCCACGUAUAGAGUGAAAGUUCGUGCGUUUACCGCACCAGACAAAUUCACUGAUACCAGUUACAGUUUUCCGAUUCAAACAGGAUUGCUGCUGGCAGAUAAGGAUAAUACGGCCAUCAUAGUUGGAGUCAUAGUUCCAAUAGUGUUUCUAUUGACGUUAUUGGGCAUUGGAUUGCUAGUGAGAAGAAGACGGAGUCAAGGCCGUAAAACGACCGAAACAAGAGCAACCGACAACCUGUCUUUGCCGGACAGCGUUAUCGAGACUAGUCGACCGAUCAAGAUCGAGGACUUUGCUGAGCAUUACCGCACGAUGUCCGCGGAUUCCGAUUUCCGUUUCUCGGAGGAAUUCGAAGAAUUGAAACACGUUGGAAGGGAUCAGCCUUGUACAGCGGCGGAUUUGCCGUGCAAUAGACCAAAGAAUCGUUUCACGAACAUUUUACCCUACGACCACAGUAGAUUUAAGCUCCAGCCCGUGGACGACGAGGAGGGUUCCGAUUACAUCAACGCCAAUUACGUUCCUGGACACAAUUCUCCAAGGGAAUUCAUCGUCACCCAAGGACCACUGCAUUCGACGCGCGAUGAUUUCUGGCGAAUGGUUUGGGAGAGUAACAGCAGAGCGAUCGUAAUGUUGACAAGGUGCAUCGAAAAGGGUAGAGAGAAAUGUGAUCAUUAUUGGCCAAUGGACACCCUUCCCGUUUAUUACGGAGAUAUUUGCGUCACGAUAUUGAACGAGGCGCAUUAUCCAGACUGGAGUAUCACGGAGUUCAUGUUGUGCAGGGGGGACGUCAAGAGGGUGAUACAACACUUUCAUUUCACAACAUGGCCUGACUUUGGUGUCCCAAGCCCACCUCAAACGUUGGCCAGAUUCGUGCGAGCGUUUAGAGAAAAGGUUCGGUCCGAUCAGAGGCCGAUAGUCGUGCACUGCAGCGCGGGUGUUGGUCGCAGCGGCACUUUCAUCACCUUAGAUAGAAUCCUCCAGCAAAUCCUGGUGUCCAAAUGCGUCGACAUAUUCGGGAUCGUCUGGGCGAUGAGGAAGGAACGCGUGUGGAUGGUCCAAACGGAGCAGCAGUACAUCUGCAUACACCAGUGUCUUCUGGCGGUUCUGGAAGGCCAGGACAUGACUGGACCACCUCGGGAGAUUCAUGACAAUCAGGGAUUCGAAGGAAAGAACCGAAGCUCGGUCGAAAACACAAAGAGUCCUGCUGAGGAUGAGAAGGAAAGGUGA